ACAACGGAAAGAACAAGAAAAGAGAGAUGUCAGUGAUUUGGCGGGUUUCAGCUCCUUUGUUGGAAUAUAAGUGGGAUAAUUUUCUGAACAUUGAGCGGCAAUUUUACUAAAAAUGGACUUAAAUGAUGCCGUGCUAACAUGUGUUGUUAAUAUUUUAUGGACAAAUGCGGUCGGCGUAACUGGAAGAAAGUUGGCUUUCAAAACAGCUACAUUGCGUUUGGUGCGAAGCGAAAUAAGAGAACUUUUCAUUGAAGUAACGGGGGAGAAGGCUAAGCCAAUAAAAUUCAAGUUAAAAGAUGUGAUGGUCCAUAAGAAAUUUAUGUCGGAGGGUAAGGCAUCAAUUAAUUUCAAGGCUGAGAAAUGUGCAAUGUAUCUAUCAAAUGCCCCACCUGGUACGUUAAUGUAUUUUCUUCGCACCAUAUUCAUCAAAUUAAAUGGUGGAGAUCAAAAAGAUGAAGCGACAACUCAAUCACAAUUACGUGCUCACAUGCUUUCGGGGAAGCCGAGCAAUUUCAACGAUGUCUCCCCGGUAACAACUACUGAGAUGAUAAUGGCAAGAAAAAAGGCUGGUUUGCUGGGGCGUGGCACUGCGACUACGCCAUCACCACUGGCGGCGAAAAAACGACGCUACGAAGAUGUAAAUGGAGGAAGUAGCCAAUUUACAUCUGAGACAGUAGCUGCUAAAAAGCUUUACCAAGAAAAAAGUACUUUAUCACUUGGUAUCGAAGAAAGUGUGAAACUUUGUGAAGAACAGUUGGAAGUGUUACGGGCCUGCACUUCGGGCAAAAGUGUAUUUUUCACAGGUUCUGCUGGUACGGGGAAAAGUUUUCUGUUGAGGAAAAUCAUAUCUGCUCUGCCUCCAGAUGGCACUGUGGCAACCGCUUCUACGGGUGUAGCAGCUUGCCUAAUAGGUGGUACAACUUUACAUGCUUUUGCGGGAAUCGGCGGUGGUGACUAUGGGUUACAGCGCUGUAUUGAAUUGGCAUCCCGUCCAGCAAGCGGGCAGAUUUGGCGGAAAUGUAAAAGGUUGAUUAUUGACGAGAUCUCCAUGGUGGACGGGCAGUAUUUUGAAAAAAUAGAAGCAGUGGCAAGACAUGUGCGUAAAAACGACCGACCGUUUGGUGGAAUUCAAUUGAUUCUUUGUGGAGAUUUUCUACAACUACCACCUGUGGUAAAAAGUGACAAUAAUACCACUCCAACAAAAAAUUUUUGCUUUCAAAGUAAUGCCUGGGAAAAAUGCAUUGAGUGUGUUUUUGAACUCAAUGAGGUGCAUCGACAAUCCGAUCCAGAAUUCGUGAAAAUUCUAAAUCACAUACGCAUUGGUCAUGUAAAUGAGGAAAUCGCUAAAAGAUUGCGUGCCACGUCAAAGCAAAAAAUCGAAGGCGAUGGGAUUUUGGCUACACAACUGUGUUCUCAUACGAAUGAUGCACAAUCUAUUAAUGAAUCCAAACUCGAAAGCUUAGAUGGCGAAAAAAUUCUAUUCCGAGCUGAGGAUUCUGAUGCGAGUAUAACGAAGCAGCUAGACUCGCAGCUGCAAGCGACUUCCAAUUUAUAUUUGAAAAUAAACGCACAAGUAAUGUUACUUAAAAAUAUUAAUAUUGCUGCUGGUCUGGUAAAUGGUGCGCGUGGUAUUGUCGUCCGCAUUGAAAAAGGUGUUCCAGUUGUGCGUUUUAAAAACAACCGCGAAUAUUUAUGUAAACAUGAGAAAUGGAUUAUAAAAACAGCAUCAGGUGGUACAAUAACACGAAGACAGGUGCCAUUGAAGCUGGCCUGGGCGUUUUCUAUACAUAAAAGCCAAGGGCUCACAUUGGAUUGCGUUGAGAUGUCAUUGUCGAAAGUGUUUGAAGCUGGGCAGGCUUACGUAGCCCUAUCCCGUGCGAAAUCGUUGGAUUCUUUACGCAUAUUAGACUUCGAUCCAAAACAGGUUUGGGCCAAUGCACAAGUGCUUCAGUUCUAUAAGCUAUUUCGUAGGCGCCUGCAUGACACCACAAUGAUACCACUUGGUGCUAAGAACAUAAAACGUCAGAAAAGCAGUGAUCAGAAAGCGAGCGUUUUGGCCAAAUUAAAAAAGAAUCUCGUGGAUAAGCCACUAGUAUCUAUUAGCUAACGACAAGUUUAUUCCAACGAAAAUCAGGAACAACUUUCGACUGAAAAUCGUGAACAAUUUAUAUUAGGAUACUUCAGUAAAUUUAACUACUUUUUAAAAAUGUAAUACAAUUAACAUUGUGUUAUCCAAUUACAACAAUCACUCUGCUGACGGAACAAAAAUUAAUUAAAACUCAUUGAGCUGAUACCUAAAACAGCAUUCCAAAGUAUCUUGGACAUUAAGAAAAUUACUAAAUCAUAAUAACAUAAUAAACGUGCAAAUAUUUUCA